CAUUUGAUAAUAGUCAAGAAACUGGUCAACCUGUACCUGAAAUUACAAUAAAAAAAGCAAUUAAAUAUGUAGCAAAAGCAUGGGAUUUAGUUCAACCAAAGACUAUUAUAAAUGAUGAUACGAAUGAUACAGAUGAUAAUAAAAGUAUUGAUAAUUUUGCAGAUCCUACUGAUGAUUAUGAUGAAAUGAAUCAAAUACAAGAUCUUAUUGACCGAUUAACUCCUAAUAUAUAUGAAAAUCCAAUUUCUGCAAAAGAAUAUUUAUAA